UCAAUGUCAUUUCCUGUCGAACAGUCUCGAGCUGAGUGCGCGACUGCUGCCGCUUGAGUUCUGAGCGACACUGCGUGAGCUCUAACACUGGCGAGCGAACUCUAGAGUUUUCAUCAUUACUGGAAAUUUCGGCGCAUUUCAGAGGAAAAAAACUUUUUAAUAUCCGUUUACAACUUUUAAUCUCUUGGCUUUAUUUAGUGUUGUGAGAACAACGGGCUCUUUUUUUCUACUCUACGAUGAUUUCUGUCAAGUUUUUUGGCUCUGAGAGAGUUUGAAGACGAAGAUAAAUCUUUUCAUGUAUUCAUCGCUGGAGUUAACUGACGAUAUAAACCAACAAAUGAGGAACAGCGAGUGUCAACAUCCAUGUAAAUAGUAAAACAACUCAAAUACUCGAAGAGAGAGAUACAUGAAGAGAAAGAAAAGACUUUUCCCCGCUCAAUGGGACUCUUGAAAGUCUGUUUUCCGCGAGCACUAGAAGAUGCAUCACUGAAACAACACUGGUCCCGCUAACGUUGCAGGGUAAUUUCUAGUCACUUGGCACCUGGCUCCAGAACAGAUGUCCAAGGAGGACCACAGCCACAGUGUCAGCCCGCCCGAACUUCCAGAUGGAGCCCAACUGGACAGCCUGCCCAUGGAAACUCUCACCGCGCCAUGUCCAGAAGGGAAUAAAACCGGUGAGCAGACAGCACAGGAUUCAAACACCCCACCCAUGGAAAAGACAGGAGAUGUGGAGAAUGGCAACAACAACAACAGCUUGUCCCAACCGGACCUCACUAGCACUCCUGGCAAAAGCAUAACAUAUCAACCUCAGGCACGGUCUACACCCAUACACCCCACGCUACCUAACUCAGCCGAAUCAGCGGCACUGCUGAGGAGGGACAGCAAGCCACGCAGCAAUAGGGUCAGGAAAGGAACCUUUACACGAGCCGCAUCGUCAACCUCCUCAUCUUCAUCCACAGCCCAUAAAAACCCCAAGAAACUGCAGUCGAACCCAUCCAUCAACAGUCAGAGGAGCAAAGGAAGCUCCAAAUCCAACAGCUCCCAGAUCCCCACAGAGGCCCAGGAUGAUUGCUGUGUCCACUGCAUCUUGGCCUGUCUGUUCUGCGAGUUCCUCACACUGUGCAACAUCGUGCUGGACUGUGCCACAUGUGGCUCCUGCGCAUCAGACGACUCGUGCUUCUGCUGCUGCUGCGCUUCAGAGGAAUGUGGUGACUGCGACCUGCCCUGUGACAUGGACUGCGGCAUCAUCGACGCGUGCUGCGAGUCUGCAGACUGUCUGGAGAUCUGCAUGGAGUGCUGCGGGCUGUGCUUCUCCUCCUGAGACUCCUGUAGGGGGCGUUGCCUCUUUCACUGAUUUGGGACCUGAGAAGAAAUAAGCAAAGAAAGACAUCUGAUGAUCUGGAGUUGUGAGUUAGCUUUCUUUUGAACUGUCUUGCUAGGAGAAGGUUUAGUCAUCCUACACUAGUGGUGUUAUUCUGCAGUCAUCUUUAUACAUAUGAACUCUUUCUGGGCUGGUUUCCGCUUAAAAUCUUUUGUUGAGUCUGCACUGGCAUGAAGCUGAAUACAAAUACAUCCAAAAGACUUAAGAGGCCACUGAGAAAAGCCAAAAACCUUUCAAAAAUGUCAGUGUUUGUUAGUUAUUUCAAAUCGUCUUGGUGCCAAACUUUUGAUUAAUGCACAAUCCAAAGCUAUCCAGUGGUUUAAGGAUUUCGCAAUGAUGCACACCAUAAAAGAGCUUGAAUUGCAAAUACAGAUCUGUUGUCUCCCAAAAAGGAAUACAUAGCCAAAGAUCACAUACACAAUAAAAAAAUCAAAUCCCAAAUAUCACCUCUCCAUACGCACACUUACUGUAGUACACUGGUGUAGUCCUUUGAGGAUUACAAAAGCCAUAAACUGUGAGUGUGAAACUCAUAAAUGUAUGCGAGUGGGUGAAAGACAUGAUGUAUUUAAUAUAUGGUGCCAUACUACAAUUAUAUCAUAGAUUCUAUAUAAAGGUGAAAAGAAUCCUGUCACUCUCUACAUUUGGUCCUGUGAUGUUCUUAUUCUCACUCUUUCACUCAUCAGUCAAUCUUCUUACAUACUGGAAUAUUAUACUGUAAACAGUUGUGAAUUGCUCCGUAUUUUUUCCAAUGUGAAAUAUCUGUUUCGCAAUUCCAAUACUUUCCAUUUAAAUCAUUUGUGUGUCAAUCUAAAUGUUAAAUUUAUGUAUAUACCUAUUAUUUUAGCAGUAUUAUUUUAUCCUUUCUUAUUUUUUUUUUUAAACAGGAUUCCUUACUGUCUAGUGUCUACAUCUAGAGCAGCACAUGACUUCAACACCCCAUAAUCCAAACCAUAAACUGUACAUAAUCAUCUCACAGAAUGAUGGUGAAAAGCAGUGCAUUGAUUUGAAUUGUUUACAUUUUAAGGACACAUCUCUAUUCUGGCUUGGAGGAUAUGUUUUUAACUGGACGAGACUGUGCAGCAAUGGAAUAAAAGAAUAGGAUUAAAGAAAUCUAUUACUGUUA